CGUUCCCAAACCAAACCAACCAGUCCCAUAAAAGUUACUGGUUUCAACUACUUUGAGGUACUUCUACUUGGGACCUACUUUAAUAUUUCGAGUAUAUGUUGUAUACUUUUACGCCAUUAUCUCACAGAGGGAACUUUUUAUAUCUUAUUUAUUGCGCUACAUUUAUCUGCUAACCUUUUGAUCGUUUACAGCCCGCACAGUUAGUUAACCAGUUCAGCAGCUGUGGAUAAGCGGUAGAAUCAGCGUCUUGUUAUCAGAAGGUCGCUGAUUCGAUUCCCCUGGUCUGCAUGUCGCAGUGUCCUGGGGCCAGCUACAGUACCCCCCCAAACUGCUCCUGAUGUGCUGAUGGGACCUUGCAUGGCAGCCACCGCCGGCAAUGUCUGGGAUCAGCUCCUCUUCCCAAACACUAGAAUGUUUCAGCGUUUGGCAACAAAAAAAAAAAAAGGUUGGCCGAAAUCUGGAUCCUCUAAUGUGGACCAUGCAGAACCAACCCAGCCUAUAAAUAAUACUGACAACACUUUAGAGGAAAAAGAACACUGAAUACGGACAAAACAAGACUGAGAUUUCAGCAAGGGCUUUCUUCCCACAAACCAUGCUGGUGUUGCUGCUGUUGGCCGUGGCCUUCUCUUCGCAGUUGUCAGCGAUGGACUCCUGCGGGCCGGAGGUCGCAGCGUUAAAGCGCAGCAUAAGGAAACUAGAGAAUAAACUCUUGAUCGGGGCGUGGCAGGUCGAGCACUUGCAGACGCACAAAUACUUCCGGCCCUUUCAGUCUUCCGCAUCGGAUACGAAACCUGAUUCGGACACGGCUCCCACUGUAAACAGCAGCAGCAGAUCUGACAAGGCGCUGAUGACAACACUUCCACCGGCAGGCAAUUUGAUUGUCCACGACAAAGACUGUUCCGAGCUGUUCGACAGACUGAGACCACCGAGCGGUUUCUACCGCAUCAGACCCAAAUCACGCCAGGAGCCUCUCUUGGUCUACUGCGACAUGGAGGACGGGGGAGGCUGGACGGUGUUUCAGAAACGUCGGCAUGGGAAAGUGGACUUCAACAGAGACUGGGUGGACUACAAAGAUGGCUUUGGAGACUUCAAACUGUGGAAUGAUGAGUUUUGGUUGGGGAACGACCACAUUCAUUCUGUACUCUCAGAAGGCAAGAACCUGGUGAAGAUAGAUCUGAUGGACUGGGAGGGAAAGAGAAAUUACGCAUUUUACGAGAACCUCAGGAUCACCGAUGAGGCCGACAAGUAUCGUCUCCAGUAUGAGCUGUAUAGUGGGCAGGCUGGGGAUGCUCUGACCGGGGGUGGGGGGAUGGUGGAGAACUGGUCCGCGUGCCUCAGCGGCAUGCAGUUCAGUACCAGAGAUCAGGACAAUGACCGCUACCUUCAGGGCAGCUGUGCUGUGGAGAAUAAUGCAGGAUGGUGGUUCAACAGAUGCCAUGCAGCCAACCUAAAUGGGAAGUUCUAUCGCACAGGACAGUACAAGGGCCAGUAUGACAAUGGUGUGGUGUGGGGCACCUGGAGAGGCCUUUGGUACUCCCUCAGACACACCACCAUGAAGGUGCGGCCUCUCGUUUUCUUGGACGUCGAGGGCAGUGGAGCGGGGGGAAUUUAAAAAAAAAAAAAACACACACAAGGCUUCGAAUUCC